GACGGUGCGGAUGAUGGCGGGCAGGACGAUGGCGAUAGCCGCGACCCGAAACGGCGGCGCAUUGCCCGAGCUUGCGACAUGUGUCGCAAGAAAAAGAUUAAGUGCGACGGCAAGAUGCCCAAAUGCAGCCAUUGCCUGAACUACAAGACCGAGUGCAUUUUUACGCAGGUGGAGAAGAAGCGGGCGCCGCCGAAGGGUGCGAAAUAUAUUGAGGGAUUGGAGAAUCGAUUGGGCCGAAUGGAGAACCUGCUGCGAUUGAGCGGACUUCUGGCGGAGAACGAUGGCGGACGCACCGAUCUUGGUACGCUGGAGAAGCGACUAGCGGAGCGGCAGGCGACGAGCGGUGCAGGUAGUCCAGUCGCGCAGCCUCCGCAUAGGCCGAGCGCGCAACGGGAACUUGCCACGCCAGCGGCGAAUAGUACUCCGCAGGACCAGCAGACUAGCCCGGCAGCAAACGCAGAUGCAACAGCGACCGUGUCACCGCCCACCGACACCUCGAGUACGCAAGCGGAUGCUGCCGCUGCUCAACGUAAGCGAGAAGCGGACAAUCUCGCCGAGCAGAUGUGCUCUCUUAUCACGAACAAUUGCGGUGAGACGAGGUACAUCGGCUCGUCUUCUGGCUUCUCCAUCUUCUCGCCCAAGGGCAUCCAAUGGGUCAAUGAGAAGACCGGAGACGCCUCAUUCCAGCGCAUGAUCGCCGCCGCAAGCUCCGACGAGAAAGCUGGCAGCUUCGACAACUGGAAACCAGAAGUAUUUAACGAUCUGUUCGAGCGGCGCUUAUUCAAGCCUUUGCCUAGCCGACAGGAAUGCUAUGCGCUGCUGAAGGACUACUUCGAGCACUUUAACCAGAUGUUCCCCCUUUUCCACGAGCCGACUUUCAUGCAUCUUGUGGAUAAGCAUUACAGUCUUGAGCCAUACGAGGGAUCAGGAUGGUGGGCGAGUCUGAAUGUUGCGCUCGCCAUCGCUCACCGUUUGCGCGUAAUGAGUAAUGUUGUUGGCCAGGAAGAGGACGACCAUGCCUGGGGCUACCUCAAAAACGCAAUGGCCGUCCUAGCCGAACUGACCAUGCGCAAUACCGACCUCCUCUCCGUCCAAGCGCUGCUGGGGAUGGCGCUCUUCCUUCAAGGAACGCCUAACCCGCAGCCCAGCUUCUUUCUGGUUGCCGCCGCAAUACGUCUGGCACAUAGUAUUGGCCUGCACAAGCGCGGCAGUGGCUUCAACCUCAAUGAGGUGGAGAACGAGCAGCGGAAGCGUGUGUUCUGGAUCGCAUAUCUACUCGACAAAGAUAUCUGUCUCCGCUCCGGCCGACCCCCGAGCCAGGACGACGAUGACAUGAACGUCGAGCUGCCGUCGGAGGAUCCUCCGGAUAACGUUGGCAACGUGCCGUUGGUGAAGGAGGACAAGGAUACAGGGAGGAAGACGAUGAAUUUAUUCCGCCUCAAUUGCUCCUUCGCGCAGAUUCAAAGUCGAGUGUACAAGUCACUGUACUCAGUCAGGGCGAGUAGGCAGAGCGAUGGCGAGCUCCUCAACACCAUUGGCGUUCUCGACGCAGAAUUGGAAGCUUGGAAGGACUCGAUACCUAUCGACUUCAGGCCUGAGCAUCCGAUCAAUGCAACGCAUACACCGCUGAUACUGCAUGUUGUCGUGCUGCAUUUUGCGUACUACAAUUGCCUGACGACGAUACAUCGCAUGAGCGUGCAUCACGGUUACUGGACCAGCAGGCUGAGCGACUACGCGUUGCAAGGGCUCAAUGCGCGACCGCUGAACCCAAGAGUGUUCAUGAGUGCGGCUUUGUGCGUCAACGCCGCACGAACGAGCAUUGGAUUGAUCCGGUAUAUACCGCAGGGCGACUAUGCCUGCGUGUGGCUCAUCCUCUACUACCCCGUCUCUGCCCUUGUGACACUCUUCGCCAAUAUCUUGCAGAACCCGCAAGACGCCCGUGCGCGAACAGACCUUCGUCUUAUGUCCUCCGUCGUCUCCUUCUUGACCAUGCUCGAGCGCGACGUGAACGAAGCUCAUGGCACCAGCAACGUUCGCCGUAUGCUCUCCGUGUGUGCGGAAUUCGAGCGCAUUGCGCGCGUUGUGCUCGACAAAGCGGAGCGCGAGUUGCGAAAUGGUCGAGGAAAGCGGAAAGCCGCGCCCGGUGCGACGGAGAGGGAGCGUGCCAAGGCGGCUAAGGAGCAAGGCGAGGUCCAGAAGAUGAUUGCGGAAGGAUUGGACGAAGGAAAGUCGUUGGAGCAGAUGCAGGUCGAGGCUCAGCAGCAUUAUAGGAGGCCCAUCCAGACGCCAAGUCUGAAAGCGGCAUCGCAUGCAGGGAGUGCGCAGAAUAGUCAAGGUACUAGCCCUGCAAGCUGGGCGGCCAGUCCGCAGCCUGGCGGGGUGGGACCGGAGUACAGGAGUCCGAUGACGGGCCAACAGCGCUCAAUUAUGCAGCAGACGGCGGGAUUGCAACGAUGGAAUGCGAGCGCGGGCCAGCCCUUCCUCAUGCCCAAUGGCGGGCAUAUCGACUCUGGCAAUGGCAACCAGAGCACACCGCGUAUGAUGGGCGGCGCUGCGUUUCAGCAGCCGUUUGUGCCGCAGGAUUUGUGGCAGAUGCCCAUGACGCUGGAGUGGGACUGGGCUGAG